CAAGACCACCACCGAUUCAGAGAAAUUCUGCCCCUCUCUACUUCACUCUCCACCACCACACGAUCCUCUUAGACUACUUGAACCAGAAAUUUACAAAUCUUUGUUGGACAUCAUUCUGUAAGAAAGCAAAUCCAAGGGUAAGCUAAUUAUGGAUGUAGAGUUGCCAUUGGAUAAACUGUCUUUAAAACCCAUUGAUGAUGGGAAGUUUGUUGUUGUUUUAGUAGCAAAUGGAAGUUUCAAUCCUCCGACUUUUAUGCAUUUGCGAAUGUUUGAACUGGCAAGAGAUGCAUUAAAUUCAGAUGGAUUUUGUGUUAUUGGAGGUUACAUGUCACCUGUGAAUGAUGCAUACAAGAAGAAAGCUCUCAUCUCUGCUGAACAUCGCUUACAGUUGUGUGAGCUUGCUUGUAGAAGCUCGUCGUUUGUGAUGGUGGAUCCAUGGGAGGCGAAACAAAGUAGUUAUCAGCGGACUUUGACUGUUUUGGGUAGAGUGCAGAGUUGCUUGUGUGACAGUGGAUUGGUACGGAGAGAGUCGCUUAAGGUUAUGCUUCUAUGUGGUUCUGAUUUAGUGGAAUCGUUUUGUGUGCCGGGAGUAUGGAUCCCUGAGCAGAUUAGGGCCUUAUGUAGAGAUUAUGGAAUUGUUUGUAUUCGAAGAGAAGGUACGAAGAUUGAGAAGAUUGUUUCAGGGGAUGAGAUUUUGAAUGCGUAUAAGAACAACAUUAGAGUUGUGGAUGAACUGAUCCCGAACCAGAUUAGUUCUUCAAGAAUGAGGGAAUGUAUGUCAAUUGGAUUAUCAGUAAAGUAUUUGACUGUGGAUGAAGUGAUUGAUUAUAUCAGACAACACAACCUGUACCUGAAUUCGGAGGCAAAUGAAAAGAAGCACUUGCAAGAGGGGAAGGAUGAAAAGAUGAUGCUUAAAAAGAAAGAAAUAUCAGAUUGAAAACUACUUAUGUGCGUAUUGAUUCCACCUUCGGGGGCAGCAUCCAUAGAAACAGGGAACAAGAUUUGCAAAUCCAUACUUCAGUUUUAUAAUUGCUGAGACUCGAACUGGCAUAGUGAGUUAGGGGCCUGAUUUCCUCAUGACCCGGAACCUGGUAACUCCGACAUCCCAAAAACUUGCAGGAGGAAUGCAUUUUACAACUGAGGUAAGGACUCAUUUGCAAAUUUCAGACAACAUGAUUUGAUUAUUUUGUAUGGGCACUGCUUUCUGCUGGCCCUCCAUGUGUGAUUAUUAGUUGCUUUGAAGUUCCACAGAGAAAGCGUUAUUCUCCUCCGCUUUGGUCAUAGCUGUAAACAUAAACAAUAUAUCGUAAUCAAAUCUACUAUUUAU